AUGAGGAAGCUGUGCCCGAACCUGGACCGCGACGACUCCCUGGACACCGUGCUGGAGGUGCCCAUCCCCGAUGAGAUGCUCAUCAACGCCCCCGGCGCCGACAAGCGCCGCGGCGCCGGGGGCGCCAACAUGCGCGCCUGGCUCAAGAACCAGGCCUUCGAUCGCGCCACCGUCGACGGGGCUGCCUCCGCCACCGCGGAGCUCCAGCUGUUCCUCAACGUCGUCGGGUCGCCGCUCAUCCCCUGCCCCGUCCCGCACGAUCGCGCUUUCAGCCGCUCCAUCCGCGACUCCUCUAUCCAAGCGUCGACGGCAAAGUACAUCAUCCAGCAGUACAUCGCGGCGACGGGCGGGCAGGCGGCGCUGCAGGGGGUGCGGAGCAUGUACGCCGUGGGGAAGGUGCGGAUGUGCGCGUCCGAGUUCCACCUCGGAGACCAGACGGUCACCACCACCGCCGCGCAGGGCCGCGCCGAGGUCGGCGGCUUCGUGCUCUGGCAGAAGACACCCGAGGUCUGGUUCUUCGAGCUUAUAAUGGCCGGCCACAAGAUGAGCGCCGGCAGCGACGGCAAGAUCGCGUGGCGGCAGUCCGCCGCCGAGCACUCCCACGUCUCGCGCGGCCCGCCCCGGCCCCUCCGCCGCUCUCUCCAGGGGCUGGAUCCACGCUCCAUCGCGAACCUCUUCUCGGACGCGGUGUGCAUAGGCGAGAAGGUCCUCAACAACGAGGAGUGCUUCAUCCUGAAGCUGGAGGCUGGCGCCGCGACGCUGCGGGCGCGGAGCGCUCCGGCGUUCGAUAUCAUCCACCACACGGUGUGGGGCUACUUCAGCCAGCGCACGGGGCUGCUCAUCCAACUCGAGGACUCGCACCUGCUCCGCAUGAAGUCCGGCAAGGGCCACCGCCGCAGCGAGAACAUCUUCUGGGAGACCAGCAUGGAGUCCGUCAUCUCCGACUACCGCUACAUCGACGGCAUCAACAUCGCGCACGGCGGCCACACCAACGUCACGCUUUUCCGUUACGGCGAGGGAUCCGUCAACCACAAGCGGAAGCUGGAGGAGACGUGGACGGUGGAGGAGGCCGAUUUCAAUGUGCACGGCCUCACCACGGACUACUUCCUGCCGCCGGCCGACCUCAAGAAGGACGUCGAAGAUCAGAAUAAGUGA